AUGGGACGCAGGAAGAGAACUAGCUUCACCAAAGAGUACCUGGAGCUUCUGCGGGUGGCUUUUGAUGUUGAUCCCUACCCAAGCAUUGCCGUGAGGGAGCGCCUAUCCCAGGCCACUGGCCUACCAGAAUCCCGCAUUCAGGUAAGUGGUUGCACACACGCACGCACACACACACACACACACCUUUCCUAUUCAAUUACAUUGUAAAAAGCACAUUCUCAUAUAGCUAUCCCUAUCUGUUGCAGGUGUGGUUUCAGAACAGGAGAGCCAGAACCCUGAAGCACAGGGGCCACAGACUCUCCCCGCAGCCAGAGUCAGCUCACCUUAUCCCCAGUCCCUUUCUACCUACACAACCUUUCUCCACACUCCUCCAUGGGAUCAAAGAUGUGACCCGCCAGGUUGACAUAGAGAAAGUCUCUCAUUACCAGCCGCUGAGCCACAGCCAGAUGCAUGAGGAGGGAGAGGAGGACUGCUUCUACGGUCCCUCAUCUUGUCCCCCCUCUUUCCCGCGCUCUCCGGGGGAUGCCGGAUACAGCAGUCCCUCAUUCAGUGUGGGAGUGAGACACAGGCUCCUGGGCACUAGCUCUCCAGGUGCUUUGCCAGAAGCUCAAUGGUGGAACGUUGCCCAGGAGUUCACAUUCUGCUCCCAGGGCGAGGGCCAGGCCUUCCGCUACUCACCUCCGUCUGGACUUCUUCAUCCCCAGCAUGCCCACGGUGGACUCCAGUCCGUUCAUGCCAACAGCACCUUCGACCCGUUCUCCGUUUGCCCUGCCACACCGGACUCAGCCUGCUGGGACAUAGGACUUGAGAAUCCCUCACCCACAGACCAGGGUUUCCUGUAUAGGGAAGUCUCAGAUGAGUACUCAAGUCCCUCAGGGCUCUUUGAUGCUAUGCAAGAAGCCCCACUACCUGAACUAUCUUCCCAGUGUGUGGAAGACAUCUUUGGGCAGAUGUAG